AGUGUACAUAAAACACACUUUGUUUGUGUCUAUGUACUAGGAUACUCCAAACUUCACAAACCACUUUACUGUGUUCCUCUUUGGAGUUUGUCUCUUACAAAAACUAACAACACUUUCAAAUUACCAGUCAACAAGAAGAAGAAAAACUCAUACAAAAAAAGAUCCAAACUUCCCUUCAAUCCCCUCAAGAAUCAGUUAUUGGAUAUUAAAAUUCUAGCGAAAAAGAAGAAGAAGAAGAAGAAAAAAAGAGAUCCCUAAAAAGACGGCAAGUAUGGCGUCAAAGGUGAUGGCGUCAUCAUCAAGAACGCCUAAUUCGGAUCGUUCUUCUCUUCAAAACCCAACUUCUUCAUCUUCUUCUUCUUUACAUUCUGAUCCUUCUAGAAACUUCGGUUCUAUGAACAUGGAUGAAAUCCUCAACAACAUUUACUCUGAUCCUACCGACCCUUUUUCUUCCACCAACACCACCCCCACCACCGAUGUGGGUCCCAAUAAAACCGUAGAUGAAGUCUGGAAGGAAAUUGUAGCAGGGAGUAAUAGUAGGGAGCCAGAGAUGACUUUGGAGGAUUUCUUGACCAAAGCUGGUGCUGUUACAGAGGAAGAUGUUAGAGUUCCGGUGUCUGCCGGAGGAGGGUUUGUGGUGGAUAAUCCAAUGAAUUGUCAGUUUCCAGUGGGCAUGCAGAGUAAUGGACCUCCAGGGGGGUAUGGUAAUAUGGAACCCCAACCCCAUAUGGGAUAUGGAAAUGGGGGGGUUGUGGCUAUUAGUGCAACUGGGAGUGGUAGUGGAAGAGGGAAGAGAAGGUCAACUGUUGAUGAAUUGCCGGUUGAUAAAGCUACACAGCAGAAACAGAGAAGGAUGAUCAAGAAUAGAGAGUCUGCUGCCAGGUCUAGAGAGCGAAAACAGGCUUAUACAGUGGAAUUGGAGUCUUUGGUUACUCAAUUGGAGGAGGAAAAUGCAAGGCUGUUGAGAGAAGAGGAGGAGAAGAAUAAGGAGAGACUUAAGCAGAUUAUGGAAAACCUGAUGCCAGUUGUAGAGAAGCGAAGACCACCAAGAGUUCUGCGAAGAGUUCGAUCAAUGAGCUGGUAGGUUGUCCUAAAAGCUCCUUAACCAUAUGAAGUAUCAAUGACGGUGCUGCUGAAAGCUCAGAGGAGGAAGAGGUUGUUCUGGUUACCAAAGGAACUUGGACCGUACAUAUCUGUAGUUAACUUAUUAGAUGAUGGAGCCGUUAAAGAGACCACUUCCAAACUGAAGCUGAGAAAAGCUGCUAAGUUCUAUUAUGAAUUAUGCAUGAAGGGGGGAGUAUGUAGUGUUAGGCUUAUGCUUUGAUAGCUUUCUAUAGUUUGUUCGCGUAGUUAGAAGAGAAUAUACUGUACUUUUAGCUUCCGCAGGCAUAUCAUGCUGGUUGCAGGGAAGAGUGAAACUUGGUUCUCUGUUUAUACUACCUAACUAAUGUUACAGUAGUGUCUGUUUUUAGAAUAAGAAUGGAUCUUGCAAAUCUUGCAAUUAUGAGUAUUCAUGUGCCCA